AUGGCCUGUACCCUAAAAACAACUAAAUUUGUUAAACAAAUCCAACAACUGUCUAAAAGAUCAUUUUCUGAAUCAUCAUUUCCUAAAAUAACGACUCAUUACUCAGUGGUACCUCGAGAAAACGAUCCAAGAUGGAAAGACGUAAAUAUGGAGAGAUACGUCGACGAAACGGACAUUCUGAUUGUUGGCGGAGGACCUGCUGGACUUUCGGCAGCAAUUAGAGCUAAAAAACUAGCGGAGGAAUCCGGACGUGAUUUACGUGUCACAUUAAUUGAGAAAGCAGGUACCGUAGGCAGUCAUAUACUCAGUGGAGCUUGCAUUGAUCCAGUCGCCUUGAAUGAAUUAAUUCCCAACUGGCAAGAACUCGGUGCGCCUCUAAAAACACCAGUUACUGAGGAUAAAUUUGCAUUGUUGACGGAAAAGGGUCGCAUACCGAUCCCCAUUGUCAAAGGAAUGCCUAUGUACAAUCACGGAAACUAUAUUGUCAGAUUAGGACACGUAGUAUCGUGGUUGGGCGAGCAAGCAGAGGCAGCAGGUGUUGAAUUAUACGCUGGUUAUGCAGGAUCAGAAGUUAUAUAUCACCAAGACGGCUCGGUGAAGGGUGUAGCGACUAAUGACGUCGGCAUAGCCAAAGAUGGCUCACCAAAAGAGACAUUCGAACGUGGGAUGGAGCUUCACGCCAAAUGCACUAUCUUCGCCGAAGGCUGUCACGGGCACCUGACAAAACAGGUGUCGCAAAGAUUAAAUCUGCGAUCAGAUUGUGAGCCCCAGAGCUACGGUAUCGGACUGAAAGAGGUAUGGGAAAUAAAUCCAGAAAAACAUCGUCCUGGCGCAGUUGAACACACAGUAGGUUGGCCGCUUGAUAAAAACACCUACGGUGGCUCCUUUUUGUAUCAUUUAAAGGACGAGACGCCAUUAGUGGCUGUUGGAUUCGUUAUUGGACUGGACUACACUAAUCCAUACUUGCAUCCUUUCAAAGAAUUUCAGAGAUUCAAGCAGCAUCCGGCUAUCCGUCCAACGUUUGAGGGUGGAAAGAGGAUAGCUUACGGUGCGCGAGCUCUAGUGGAAGGCGGUUUUCAGAGCAUACCAAAGCUUCAAUUCCCUGGCGGGUGUUUAGUUGGGUGCACUGCGGGAUUUCUCAAUGUACCCAAGAUCAAGGGCGUACAUAAUGCCAUGAAAAGCGGUAUGCUUGCAGCUGAGAGCGCCGUUGAAGCGAUAAUUGAGGCAGAGACCACUACUCCAACGGCUCUCGGUCUCGAACUCAAGACUUACACGGAUAAAAUAAAAAACAGCUGGAUUUGGAGUGAGCUUAAAGCUGUGAGGAAUUUCCGACCUAGCUUUCACUCUAGUUUGGGAUUGUAUGGAGGUCUCAUGUACGGAGGCUUCUCGAUGCUAACAAGAGGCAAAGAACCCUGGACCCUCUCUCAUGGCGGUCCUGAUCACGCUAAGUUGAAGCCGGCGUCUCAGUCCACGCCAAUUGAAUAUCCAAAGCCAGAUAAUCAAGUGUCCUUUGAUUUACUUUCGUCUGUUGCACUCACUGGAACUAACCAUGAGCCGGACCAACCACCUCAUUUAACUCUUCGUGACGACACUGUACCAGUUAAAAAUAACCUCAAGGUUUACGAUGGACCUGAGGGACGUUUCUGCCCUGCUGGUGAGUAA